AUGAGUGGCUUGUCCUUAUGGUGGGAUCCUAAAGAGCUGUGUAAAGGGCUCUGGACAUUCACCACUGCUUCCGUGUUGCAGUGGCAAAAAGAGCCGGAGGCAGGUACCAAUGUCUUCCCUCUGCAGUUCCUGUUUUCCGAAAGCUCUUCGCAAGAGGCGGGCGGGGCCCAAGGCCAGCGGGAGGAACCGCGGCCCAGCGCCUUCCUGCCCGAGGCAGCCAUGGCGGCCCCGGGCUCCGACAGAGCGCUGCAUGAAGAGCUCUUCUGCCCCAUCUGCCUGGACUACUUCACGGAGCCCGUGAUCCUCAACUGCGAACACAACUUCUGCCAGGCCUGCAUCAGCACCUACUGGGCCGGCCUCGGAGACAGCUUCCUCUGCCCGCAGUGCAGGAAGCGGUCCCGCAAAAGGACGCUGCGGCCCAACACGCAGCUGGGCAAGGUGGCCGCGAGGGCCAAGGAGCUGGCCUCCACCUCGGCCCAGCCCGGGGCUGCGCCAGGCUGGGCGCCCAAGGCUGGCGGCGGCUGCGGCGGCUGCGGCAGCCACCACCCAGAAGGCCCGGAAGGCAUGUGCAAGAAGCACCUGGAGGCGCUGAAGUUGUUCUGCCGGGACGACGAGGCCUUGAUCUGCGUGGUUUACGACCGGUCCAAGGAUCACAGAGCGCACGCGGUGGUCCCCGUCGAGGAGGCGGCCGAGGAGUACAAGGUUCAGUUUCAACACCACUUGGCCAUGCUGAAAAGCGAGAGGGACAGCAGAGAGAUACUUGCGGUAAACCAAGGGAGGAGACUGGAGAUGCUGUUGGGUCGGGCGGAAGCCAAGAGGAAGCACACCACCCACAUGUUCCAGCAGCUGCAGAGGGUCCUGCAAUACAGGGAGAGCCACAUCUUGCAGGGGCUGUCGAAAGUGACCACUGACUUGAAGAAAAUGCAGCAGGAGAACAGCCACAAGGUCCAGCAGGGGGCGCCGCUUCUACAAGGACUGAUACUUGAACUGGAGCAAAAGUGUCAGCAGCCAGAUACGGAGUUUCUCAAGGAUGUUGGAAUCCUAUUGAACAGGUGUAAAAACUGGAACUUUCCAAAAUGGACGCCGAUGUCCACCACAGAACUGGAAGAGAGAAUUUUCCAUUUCUCCCGGAAGAAGACAGUCCUGUGGGAGCACAUGACUGAGAUGCGAGAGAUCUUGACCCUGGAUCCCGAUUCGGCUCACCCCAACCUUGCAAUUUCAGCUGACCAGAGAACCGUGAGUCGCCAGGGUGCUUGUCCGGCCAAUCGCAACACUUCUCAAAGGUUCCACCCCUCCUUUUGUGUGUUGGGCUCUGAGGGCUUCACGGACGGCUGUCACCACUGGCUGGUGGACGUGAAAGGCCAGUGUGGUUGGGCCCUGGGCGUCGCUCAAGAGUCUGUGGAAAGGAAGAGGCCAGUGGUGCUUCAGCCAGAACGUGGAAUUUGGGCUGUGGAGUUGGGCCCCUACCAGCUCCAUCAGGCAGCUCCAGCCUCUAAUGCAGAGGCAGGGAUUCCAAGCCGUAGGAUUCUCGUCAGCUUGGACUACGAAGCAGGGCGCUUAGCGUUCUCUGACUCUCAGAAAUCGGAACCUCUCUUCACUUUUAGGGCUUCCUUCAAAGAGAAGCUUUACCCUUUCUUUUGGCUGUGGUCCCCUGAGGCCUCUAUCACUCUGUGUCCCUGAGGAAAGAGGAAGAGUGUGGGGUGGGGGCACGGCAUGACCUCAUCAUCUGACCUGGAGCAGUUGAAAGAAAAUGCAACCUGCAUUGGUUCACGCACAGUCUCUUGCGGGGCCGUAGAGACUAAGAACUUUAUUCCGGCGUACACUUUUAUGGAUUAUAUCCCACUUCAAGAGUUAUUGAGGUUUUCAGGUGUAUGCAUACUCUCUCUCUCUCUCUCUCUCCAAGGAAGGGAAGAAGAAUUGUAAAGAGUAAGGUCAGAAGGACAUGAAAUGCAGAAAGCACUGACCGUGUUACUAACAUUGACUAUUCACUAAAAGCAGAAUCAUAGAACAGAGUUGUUGGAAGGGGCCAACUUGCCCAUCUUGAAACCAACCACGACAUUAAGCUCUUCCCUCCCAGGAAACUAGCAGAUGAGGGUAUAAUAUUCCUAACACUGACGCAGAGGAGAGGGCAAUUUGGCCUUCCACUGAAAAUUAGUUCUGUACCUCUGCUGUAGUGGUAUCAUGCCUCCUAUUCAGGUUUGUACACGGUUUCUACUUACUUGUGGACAAAACCUUUGGAUGUGUGCAAGAAGGAGGAAGGAACCCGGCAUAUUUUGGUUACGCUACAGGGCUUAAAUGUGCUGGUGAUAAAUGCUUCAGUCCCGUGGCUAUAACUAUGAGUAAUUCAAAGUCUCUUCCGUUUCCUAUUCUUUCAUGCGUCAGAGAGUCAGAUGACACUCCAUUUUUUAUUUUGUGUUUCCUGGAAAGAUUUUACAGCGUGGGAAUGAAAAAAAGAGAGAUGUAAUAAAUAUCCAGAGAAACCUUUGGGCUCACUUGGAAGCAAAGAUGUGAGAAAUAAACCCCAGAUGAAAGGCU